AUGGUGCCCAAAGGUAUGACCCACAGUCCGGCGGGUACCCAAAAAGCUACUGGGGAAGAGCAAAGGCCGGACACUAGUAAUUGCGGCAAUUGUGACGCGCCUGGGGGAAAUCCCCCGGGAAGCCCAGGUGUUAAUGCAGCCAGCGGUGAACAGAACAGCCUGAGCUUUAAAAAAACGCUCAAAAUUGCUACUUGGAAUUUGAGAAGUAUGAACCAAGGAAAAUCAGACAUUGUAAAAAAAGAAAUGGACAGGCUCCAAAUCGAUAUCCUCGGAGUCACCGAAUUACGCUGGACUGGCAGCAGUCAUUUUCAAUCGGAUGAUUUCACCGUUUAUUAUUCUGGUCACGACAACAUCAGAAAGAAUGGGGUAGCGUUUAUUGCGCAGAAAAACACUGUGCUGGCUGUAGAAAGUUACAAAAUAACUAGCGAACGCAUAAUGUCCAUCUGCCUGCAUGGAAAGCCAAUGAACAUCACAAUUUUGCUGGUAUAUGCUCCUACAACGGAUGCAUCAGAAGAAGAACUUGAGCGGUUUUACUCUGAAGUACAAAAAGCUGUUGAUGAAACACCGAAGAAGGAUGUCACCUACAUUUUGGGCGACUUCGAUGUGAAAGUAGGCAAGCAAGCAGAAGCCAACAUUGUUGGCAGUUUUGGACUAGGCAAGAGGAACGAAUCUGGCGAACACCUGAUUCAGUUGUGCCAGGAAAACCGAUUAAGACUCACAAACAUAUGGUUCAUGCAGCCAAAGCGUCGGCUAUACACAUGGACAUCACCUUAUGGAUUGAAUCAAAACCAGAUUGAUUAUGUCCUUUGCAGUCAGCAAUGGAGAAGCUCCGUAGUUGCCGUGAAAACAUUCCCUGGAGCACACUGUGGCUCAGACCACGAACUGCUAGUCGCGAAAAUCCAGGUGAGACUUUGUGGCAUCAAAAAACACACACCACCGAAAAAAUUCGAUAUAUCGAAAAUACCAGCAUCAUACACCAUCGAGGUAAAAAAAUCGCUUUUAAUUACUUGA